UCAGUUGCAUGCUGUGCAUCACUCCGCGUCGAAGGAGAGGAACGGACCGGAGAAUUCAGUUGCCUUAUUGCUGUACACAAACGAGCUGUGAUUGGCAAAAUGUUCUCAAACGGAAGUAAGGAUGACAGCCAACGCGUGAAAGCAACGCCGCUUGCGACACAACCUCCAAAAGAGAAAGAGGCGGGAAGCGACAAAAGUUUAAUGAGUGAUCGGCGUGAAGUGGGCGUAACUUUGAGAAACACUAAACCAAAGCCAAAAAAAGUUAGGAGUGCUAUUCCAAAGCACAGACAAGAGUUGUUAAAGUGGAAUGGUUGGGGUUACAAGGACUCUCAGUUUGUAGUUAAAGAUGGGAUAAUCCAUUUCACGGGAAACCGGUAUCCAAUAGGUGAUGUACCCCUUCCAUAUUUCACAGAAUGGGUAAAGGAUGUACUGGAUGUAAACCUUGAUUUCAAACAAGAAUCACAGUCUUUAAUAAGAGCCAAAGACUAUCCAGAGCCACAUUUGGAUGACGCAUUUCUUUCAGAAAUUCAAGAAUUAGGUAUCAGUCACUCUACAGAAGACGUGGAUCGUUUGAUAAGAGCUCAUGGGCACACUCUUCAUGAUAUUUAUGUUCUGAGAGCUGGAAAAUUUGACCGUAUACCUGACAUUGUUGUUUGGCCAGAAAGCCAUGAGGCUGUCGUGCAGUUAGUGGAACUAGCGAACAAGCACAAUGUUGUUAUAAUUCCAUUUGGCGGUGGAACAAGUGUGUCAGGAGCAGUUUCCUGUCCUAGUCAAGAACGGCGGACUAUUAUGUCAUUGGACACUUCACAAAUGAAUCGGAUACUGUGGCUGGACCGAAAUAAUUUACUUGUGUGUUGUGAAGCUGGUAUUAUUGGUCAAGACCUAGAGAGGGAGCUACAGUCACAAGGAUUCACUGCAGGGCAUGAACCUGACUCCUAUGAAUUCUCAAGUUUAGGUGGAUGGGUUGCUACACGGGCGUCAGGAAUGAAAAAGAAUGUAUAUGGAAAUAUUGAAGACCUGCUUGUACAUGUAAAAAUGGUUACCUCAAGAGGAGUUCUUGAAAAGAGUGGCCAGGUUCCCAGAAUGUCUUGUGGACCAGAUUUCAAUCAUGUUGUGUUAGGAUCUGAAGGAACUCUUGGUGUCGUCACUGAAGUUGUAAUUAAGAUAAGACCUCUCCCAGAGUGCAAAAGAUAUGGCUCUAUUGUGUUUCCAGAUUUUGAAUCUGGUGUAGCGUGCAUGAGGGAAAUUGCAUUGCAGCGGUGCCAGCCUGCUUCUGUCCGCCUAAUGGAUAAUGAACAAUUUAAAUUUGGUCAGUCAUUAAGGCAGCCUACGGGGUAUAUGGGACUGUUGCUUGAGGGUCUGAAGAAACUUUACAUCACUAAAAUAAAAGGAUUUGAUUUAGAUACCCUGUGUGUUGCUACACUGUUGUUUGAGGGUGACAGAAAAACUGUUGAAGCCCAAGAGAAAAGAAUAUAUGAAAUAGCAGAUCAUUUUGGAGGAGUACCUGCAGGAGAAAAGAAUGGUGAAAGAGGAUACAUGUUGACAUUUGUGAUAGCCUAUAUCCGAGAUCUUGGGCUAGAAUACAAUGUAGUUGCAGAAUCGUUUGAAACAUCUGUUCCUUGGGAUCGAACAUUAUCAUUAUGCAAUAAUGUGAAACAUCGUCUGUCUCAAGAAUGUCAAGAUCAUGGAAUUAAAAAGUUCCUGAUAUCGUGCCGUGUUACCCAGACAUAUGAUGCAGGCUGCUGUGUGUAUUUUUACUUCGGUUUCAGCAGCAAAGGACUUGCAGAUCCUCUUGCAACAUAUGAGUUACUCGAAGAGCAUGCAAGAGAUGAAAUCCUGGCUUCUGGGGGCAGUAUAUCACAUCACCAUGGUGUUGGCAAACUACGUGCUAAAUGGUUUCCUCAUCAGGUGUCAGAGACUGGUGUUGAACUGUACCAAGCAACCAAAAAAGAACUUGACCCUAAGAAUAUAUUUGCAAAUGGUAAUUUAACUUUCCGCAGCAAACUUUGAAGCACAAAGUAUCCUGAGAUUUGUCAGUAUCUGAUGAUGUGAAGUUGUGGUCUUGCUAUGUUUACUGAUAAGACUAGUCAAUGUAAUGUUAUUGAAAUGGUAAAAGACAGUAGGUUUGUGUUAUGCGAAGUUUUACAGAGAGACUGUGUGUGUGUGUGUGUGUGUGUGUGUGUGUGUGUGUGUGUGUGACAUUAGAUAAUGUGUAUACUGCUGAAUGUAAAUCUCUUGCUGCUGCUUUUGUAUUAUUAAUCAUUUGUUUAGCUAUUUUAAAGGAACAUUUUUGGCAAUUGUGCUGGCCAGAGUUAAAAUACUGGCAUGGACUGUGCUGUUUUUCUUAAAAGGAGUCACACCUUUUGCAAUACAUGAAGAAUAGAAUUCACUUCUUACCUGAUGGGUAAAAGGAAUUCGUGUAACGUGUCUCCAAUACAGAAUUCCACCUGUAUUUUAAAAGCAGCCUCCCAAGUUUAACUUAGCUGAAAACCAUAAUACGUGCCUAUGAUACUGUUUGACAUGAGUGUUUUUGGAACUGAACUUAUAAUGCAGUUGUACUUUCUGAAAAUGGAAAACUGCCUAAAGAACUAUUUUUGCUUCGGUUGUAUUUAUAAUUUCCAGCAAACACAAAAGCAAUUUCUUGUUUGGAACUAGUGCAGCAACUCAGAGGUCCAGUGUGGACUGUAAUUAUCUUUUGGCAAUGAAACUUGGUAGACAUUCUAAUGCAUUAAUGUGGAAGCGAUUUGCACUGGAGAAAACUUAGUUCCAAAUGGCAACCAGUUGCUAGCCUGGUGCUGUGAAUGCAAGAGAGACAUAUACAGGUGGACUAGAUAUGGGAUGUGGUCAGAAAAAGUCAAACAAAUGAGAAAGGCAUAAUGUUGAUUUUAUUAUUAACUGCCACUUACACAAUUUGUUCAAUGUAAGCCCUGGAGACGUCGAUGAGAUGCCUGGAGACGUCGAUGAGAUGCUGUACAGC